GAUUUUUAACGCUCGACGUGCAAGGUUGUUCGCCGCAAAGUUGCUCGCCUAGUGUAUACAAAUAUAUAUUUGUAUGUAUAUAUACACAUACAUAAAAAAUUAGGUCUUAAAUGUGCAUCAGCUAAGAAUAAAAGCGUAGAGGCAGCCAAAACAUAAAAGGAAUUUGCGUGUGAGGGGGGAACUUUUGCUCUCGCUUUAAGCUCCUGUCUCAUUUAGAAUUUACCUGUGAAAGUGAAAACGCAAACGAACGAGGCAAGCAAAACAAAUCGCGUGUGCACCAUAAAAAUAAAACAAGCUGAGCAGUGCGAAAGAGCAGCACAGCAUAAGAACCAAAAAUAAAAAGAAAAAAAAAACAAACAACUAAAAAAAAAAACAAAUCGACAACUGCAGUUAAAAAAGGAAGGGCAGCUAAGUGGAUGAAGAAACAGCAACAGCAACAACGAGAAUAUCAAGAAGAACUCUUAACUUUGGUACAUACAGCUUGUUGAACGCUUCCAACGCUAUGUGCCCCAAGUAUUUAUGCUAAAAGCAUUCAUUAUAAUGAAUUCCGCGCGGCAUCAUCGUAUUGGAGUAUUUCUGUCUCCAUAAAUUCAGCAGCUGCUAAGCCAGAACAACAACAAGCAACAAACAACAAACAACAAUUGAAAACUAACUGCAAUACACAAAAUCGAAGAGUUCUAGUCACAAAUUAUAAAAAUAAGAAAAAUACUUUGACAACAUUUUGAUAUUGCGCACAACAAGAAAUUUUUGUUAUAACUAACGCCUAAAAGGAUUUUCGAUAAGCAAUAUUUAAGCCAAAUUUGUAGUCAAGCUGGCUAAGAAGAUGCCCUAUCACCGUGGAGACACAUCGGCCCAGGCUGAUAAGCUGAGCGGCAUUUUGGAGGAGAGUGAUUUGUAUGAAGGAUUCGCGCCGCAUGUGGAGACAUCGGAAAUUAAGACACUCGAUUUUUAUAAUCUACCAAAGCCAACAGGCAAGGAGCCGGCACUGCGCUCAUUCACCGAAAUCAAGCAGCUGCUGCAGCAGAACAAGAAAGGCGAUGUUAAGAAAAUACUCAGAGAGAAUUAUUGGCCCAUCAAUUCGGCAAUACGCUCGCAAUUGUGGCCAGCCCUAUGCGCCCAGCAUCUGACCAAGCAAAAUCUGCUAGAUGGCUUCUACUGGGAGAUGGUGCAUCAGGUCUUUGGCACUACGGAGCUGUCGGAGCGGCCAAUUAUGCUGCCCGCAUUUGUGGAUGCCACACAUUGUUUGCCGUAUCAUUUGACCAGCACGGGACGCGCUGUGGCCGAUCGGAUUGUGAAUGUGCUUGGCUAUGAUUGUCCCGAUAUUACCUACAGUCCAGUAUUGUAUCCAAUUACAGCGAUACUUUUGCAUUUCAUGUCGGAGGAGGAAGCCUAUUUGUGCCUGGCAGGACUCGUGGGCAGCAAGGAGAAGACAUUCAUUAAUCAAACCAAAUUGCAGCAUGAGGUGACCUGGAAAACGGUUAUGCAAAUUGCCAAAAAGCACACAAAAAGUGCCAUUGCGUAUUUUCAACGCAUCUGCCCUGGGCAGAAGCUGGAGCGCGUUUUCAUGGACUGGUGCUGGUGGAUUUUAGCUGGUCUGCCAUUUCAGCAUUUGGUGCGCAUUAUGGAUUGCUAUUUUCAUGAGGGCAUCAAGGUGCUAUAUCGGGUGGCGCUGGUCAUCAUCAAUCUCUUUCACAAGGAAUGCCAGUCGAACAACGAAUGGAGUCCGGAUAAUAUUAAAAACGACAUUGGCAAUGCGCUGAUCAAGUUCUGCAAGAAGAUACCAGUAUCGCCAGCGAAGCUGCUGCAUGCCGCUUUUAGUAUUAGGGGACUCAGCACCCAGUAUAUAUCUAGAAUAUUUAUCAAGACUGAAAUGACUCUGAAAAGUCGUAGCGUGCUCAGCAGCGGCUCGAAGCAAUUAAUCAAAUCGCGUUCAAGUGAUAAUCUGCCCACUAGUCAGUCGCAGGUCAACAUUCAAAUGAUGUCGCAUACAUUGACCAUACGUGAGCUGCACUCCGAGAGCUGUCGCAAUUUGGGCGAAAAGUCGCCCGGUCAUAGAGCCAUCGCCAUGGGCGUCUAUCCCAUACACAAUCUCAAAAGUCAAGUCUGUAAGAACGAUGAUCUAUUCACGCUCUGGUCCUGGCUCCCAGUGCGCAUUACCAUGUACCAACCGGUGCUGCUCUACACCACCGAGGAGCACGGCUGCUCCUUGACCACCUUCUAUGUGCGCGUCGAGCAGCACGAGCCGACGCUGCUGAUGAUCAAGACAUGCAACAAUGAGGUAUUUGGCGCUUAUUGCUCCUCGCGCUGGUUCGAGCGCAAUGUCAAGGAUGACAAGGGCCAGCGACAGGCUUACUUUGGCACAGGCGAAACCUUUUUGUUCUCACUCUAUCCCGAGCGCGCCAAGUACCCCUGGGUGGGUAUUGAGGGCGACCGCGACUUGGGUCACAGCUCUGAGCUCUUCAUGGCUGCUGACUCCAAAAUGAUAACAAUUGGCGGCGGUGAGGGCCAAGCUAUUUGGAUGGAUGAGAACAUUCGCUUUGGCAAGACAGACGGCUGCAAGACCUUCAACAAUCCGCCGCUGUGUCCAUCUGGAGAUUUUGAGAUACGCGUACUGGAGGUCUACGGCUUUGUUGGCAUCUAAAGAAAACUCAGUACACGACACCAAAUUGCCCGCCGAUGUUCAAAAGUGCUCAGCGGCGUACUCAGCUACGCUUCUCCUCACACCAACACAACCAAAACUCAUCCCUGCAUGCGCACCACUACACACACACACACACACACAUACACAGGCAUUGUGCAGUGUGCUUAGGUUUCCGGCCUGAAACGGAAACGGCUGCAAAAUCAACGUGUAAACAUUUAUGAGAAAUAUAUAAAAACUUAUUUAUAAUUA